AUGACUUCAAAUUGGAUUCUUAAACAAUUGGAAGUUAAGAAUGCAUUCUUGCAUGGUGAUCUUAAAGAACAAGUUUAUAUGGAACAGCCGUUAGAUUUCAAGGACGUUUCUUACCCAACUCAUGUUUGUCGGCUAAACAAGGCUCUCUAUGGCCUUAAACAAGCUCUAAGAGCUUGGUUUGAGAAACUUAAGUGUUCUUUGCAUCACCGUGGCUUUAUCAACUCAGUAGCAGAUUCUUCUUUAUUCAUUUUAAAAAAUUCAAAGGUACAUGUCCUUUUUCUUAUGUAUGUUGAUGACAUAAUCAUUAGUGGUUCCAAUUUUAGUUUUAUUGAAAAGUUAAUCAAAGGAUCGAAUUCAGAAUUUUCUCUAAAAGAUCUUGGAGCUCUUCAUUAUUUCUUAGGAAUUGAAGUUCAUUGUUAUUCUACUGGUUUUAUCUUAUCUCAAGCUAAGUAUAUUCGAAAUUUGCUGACAGAGACAAGAAUGACUCAAGCCAAGAGUGUUCCAACUCCAAUGCGAAUAGGUAAUCAAUUGUCCGCUCAUGAAGGGGAUCUUUUAACUAAUCUAGAAGAAUAUCGAAGUAUUGUGGGAGCUCUUCAGUAUUUGACUAUAACACGGCCAGAAAUUACUUUCUCUGUGAACAAGCUUUGUCAAUUUGUUCAUUCUCCCAUAACUAGCCACUGGAAUGCAUGCAAAAGACUUCUUCGUUAUCUAAAUGGUACAAUACAUUAUGGAUUACAUUUCAAAGUUCCUGAUAUGAACAAGAUAGUUUUUCAUGCUUUUACUGACAGUGAUUGGGCAAGCUGUCCUGAUGACAGAAGAUCUUGCAGUGGCUAUUGUGUGUUCUUAGGCCCCAAUGUGAUUUCGUGGAGUGCAAGAAAACAACAUGUUGUUGCCAGAUCAAGCACAGAAGCUGAAUAUAGGGCUUUGGCUAAUGUUAAUGGAGCUAACCAAAGAGUUGCAACUGGAUUUGCCACCACCUACUGUGUGGUCAGAUAAUCUAGGAGCUAUUGCUCUUGCUUAUAAUCCAGUGUUUCAUUCUAGAACCAAACACAUUGAAAUUGACAUACACUACAUCCGUGAAAAGGUUUUACAAGGACUUCUUGAAAUACACUAUGUUCCUACUCUUGAACAAACCUAAAGCUCUUGGAACAACAAGGUUUCAAUUUCUUCAGUCUAAGCUGAAUAUUGUUUCUCUCUCUCAAUCUUAAUUUUGGUCUUCUGUUCCUUGCUGUUUUUCAAACAGAAGUCUUCAGUUUCUAGCAAUCUUCUGUUUGUAAGGGGUGUUAGAGUAUUGUCAUAUCCUCCACGUCAGCUUACGAGAGUCAAAGAGGCUUAAGAAAGCCACAUGUUUCUGUUUUGUUAUAGUAGUUGGAUUAGUCACGUGCUUGGUUUGUUACAACUGUAGCUUAAAGAGAAAGCAUGUGUGAGUUGUUAAGUGAUAUAAUUAUAUGUACUGUUCAUUCAGAAAAAGUUGAA